AUGUCUACUCAUCCGCAGCCAUCUCCCACGGGUGGUAUGCAUCCUCAUCACGGGCCUCCGGGCGCGCCUCAGCCCAAUGGACAUAUUCCAUUACAACCACAACAGAAGCCUGCUUCACAGCACCUCGCUUCUAUCAAUGAGGCCGUAUGGCUCCAAAUUGGCAGCCUGACAGAAUUUAUGGGGGACCUUGAUGGUGCCAUGAACGCCUAUGAGCAGGCAAUGCGCCAUAAUCAAUGGUCUGUUCCUGCAAUGAAUGCCAUCUCUUGUAUCCUUCGGACCAAGGAAUUGUUCCCAAAAGCCGUAGAGUAUCUUCAGAAUAUACUGAAGAUAGAAGGAAAUAAUGGCGAAGUUUGGGGUAGCCUGGGUCAUUGUUACUUGAUGAUGGAUGAUUUACAGCAAGCCUAUUCGGCAUAUCAACAAGCUUUGUAUCAUCUGCGGGACCCGAAGGAGCCUAAACUUUGGUAUGGUAUUGGUAUCCUGUAUGACCGCUACGGCUCCUUGGAGCAUGCAGAGGAAGCCUUUUCGCAAGUUAUGCGCAUGCAGCCGGAUUUUGAGAAGGCCAAUGAGAUAUACUUUCGACUCGGGAUAAUUUACAAGCAACAACAAAAGUUCGCGCAAAGUCUCGAGUGUUUCAAGUACAUCGUGACCGAUCCACCUAGGCCCCUAACUGAAGAAGAUAUUUGGUUCCAAAUUGGACAUGUUCAUGAACAACAGAAGGAUUAUGAUUCCGCAAAGGCUGCCUAUAGGCGGGUCCUUGAGCGAGAUCCACAUCAUGCUAAGGUUCUUCAACAGCUUGGGUGGCUUCAUCACCAGCAGAGCUCCAGCUUUGCUAGCCAGGAGCAAGCUAUUGAGUAUCUCGAGAAAUCAGUAAGCGCAGACAAUACCGACGCACAAAGCUGGUAUCUGCUCGGUCGCUGUUACAUGUCACAGCAAAAAUAUCCCAAAGCCUACGAAGCCUAUCAGCAGGCUGUAUACCGCGAUGGGCGGAAUCCUACUUUUUGGUGCUCUAUUGGGGUUUUGUAUUAUCAGAUCAAUCAAUAUCGCGAUGCUCUCGAUGCAUAUUCCCGCGCCAUUCGAUUAAAUCCGUAUAUAUCAGAAGUGUGGUACGAUCUUGGUACUCUGUAUGAGUCUUGCAACAACCAGACGAAUGAUGCCUUGGACGCCUAUCAACGCGCUGCAGACCUAGAUCCCACCAAUGUCCAUAUCAAGGCACGACUCCAACUUCUUCGAAAUGGGCAGUCCUCCGGAGUUCCCGGUCAAACCGCCGCACCUCUGCCUCAGGAUGUACACCCUCAGCUUUAUCAAGCUGCGGGCGUUGCUGGUCCUCCUGCUCCACAAUGGGGCCCCCAGGGUCCGGCUUCUGCGCCUGCUGGUCCGGCGACAGCUCCUCUUGGCUCCGGUGCUGACUGGAGUCGGAGACUGGCAGAAAUACAAAACCCUCAGCCACAGCAGCCGACCCAUUUUGAUCAGCGAGACAGUAUCAGACCUCCUCCACAGCCGCGUCAGUCGAGCCCCAGAUCCGAGGCAAUCAGGCAAUACCAAGAACAGCAUCGACAUACGCCGGUUCGCAGGGGACUAUCACCGUCUCCCAAAUUAACGCACUCUGCACCAAAUCCGUAUGCCGGGGCACAAAGUCUUCCUCAACCUCCCCCUUCACAAAUGCCUCAACCCCCGCAAAAUCGAAUUACAAACCCAAAUUACGGGGCAACUGCGACAAGCAUAGCGCAGGCCGCAAACGGUACGAAUGGUUUGGGGGUUCCUGGACCUCUGCCUCCCUAUGGACGUGGACAUAGUCCCCCGCCAGAAGUCAGACCGAUUGUAGAUACUAGGGCUCCGUCUUCACCAGGCAGUGCCUACACUCACCAACAGUACCCUCAUCCCUCAAUUCAAUCCCAGUCAGGAGGGAUCGCUAGUGGAGCUCCUCCCCCAGCCGCUGCUCUUGUUGCUGCUGAAGCUGCGGCCAGAGAGAGAGAAGAUCGGGCCCCCUCGGUUGCGCCAAAGAGGCUGCGAGAAUGGGAAGACGAAGCAGCUUCUGUCAAGAAACAUGCGAAUGAGGAGAAUCGUGCAAGACUAGACGAUCAUCGCCAUCACAGAGCUUCCCCACCCGACAGGAUGUCCUCUCCUCGAGAACGACAUAGGCGUAGCUCUUCUGCAGCUCGACGUAUGGAAGAUCAGCGACAGGCUAAUGACAAUUAUCACCCAUCCGAGGCUGCCCAUCAUCCGCCUUCUCUGCCUUCAAUGCACCACGCACCACAGAUUGCACAGGCGGUCGAACCUCCACGGGAUGAUAGACGAGAACAAGUUGAAUCUGCAGCGCGGAAGAUGGACGUUGAUGAAGACUAUGAUGAGGACGCCGAGGAGGAGAGUAAGCGAGCAAUAAUCGCAAGUUCUCAGCCUAUUAUGGAGAAGUCCAGCCCUCAGCGCGUAAGCAGCAACACUGUCAUGGGUAACGGUCAGUCAAAGGUUGACAUGCAGACUUAA